GUUAUCGCUCAGUUUUGAGCGAGGGUUUACAUUUUUAAAAAUUUUGCUUUCCAGUCCUCCUUGAUCUUCUAGUGAGAGUUCAUCGUCUCAAAAAAAAAAAAAAUCUCUGGUUGGCGCUUCUACCCCCCCCUUUUUUUUUUUUUUUUUUUCAAUAUUUCAAGGGGGAGGAGAUUUUCCACAAGAAAAGGUUGUUUUCAUGUUUGGGAUUCAGGAAAGCAUCCAACGGAGUGGAAGCAGCAUGAAGGAAGAGCCGCUGGGUAGCGGCAUGAACGCGGUGCGGACGUGGAUGCAGGGCGCCGGGGUGCUGGACGCCAACACAGCCGCGCAGAGCGGGGUGGGUCUGGCCCGGGCUCACUUUGAGAAGCAACCGCCUUCCAAUCUGCGGAAAUCCAACUUCUUCCAUUUCGUCCUGGCCCUCUACGACAGACAGGGCCAGCCCGUGGAGAUCGAGAGGACUGCCUUUGUGGGGUUCGUGGAGAAGGAAAAAGAAGCCAACAGCGAAAAGACCAAUAACGGGAUUCACUACCGGCUCCAGCUCCUUUACAGCAAUGGGAUAAGAACGGAGCAGGAUUUCUACGUGCGUCUCAUUGACUCCAUGACAAAACAAGCCAUAGUGUAUGAAGGCCAAGACAAGAACCCAGAAAUGUGCCGAGUCUUACUCACCCACGAGAUCAUGUGCAGGUUCUUCUUGAAAUUUUUUCUCAAAUGUAACCAAAAUUGCCUAAAGAAUGCAGGAAACCCCCGUGACAUGCGGAGAUUCCAGGUCGUGGUGUCUACAACAGUCAACGUGGAUGGCCAUGUCCUGGCAGUCUCUGAUAACAUGUUUGUCCACAAUAACUCCAAGCAUGGGCGGAGGGCUCGGAGGCUUGACCCCUCGGAAGCUACUCCCUGUAUCAAAGCCAUCAGCCCGAGUGAAGGAUGGACGACAGGAGGCGCGACUGUGAUCAUCAUAGGGGACAAUUUCUUUGAUGGGUUACAGGUCAUAUUCGGUACCAUGCUGGUCUGGAGUGAGCUGAUUACUCCUCAUGCCAUCCGUGUGCAGACCCCUCCUCGGCACAUCCCUGGUGUGGUAGAAGUCACUUUGUCCUACAAGUCCAAGCAGUUCUGCAAAGGGACUCCAGGAAGAUUCAUUUACACAGCGCUUAAUGAACCCACCAUUGAUUAUGGCUUCCAGAGAUUACAGAAGGUCAUUCCCCGGCACCCUGGUGACCCUGAGCGUUUGCCAAAGGAAGUAAUACUCAAAAGGGCUGCAGACCUGGUGGAAGCACUCUAUGGGAUGCCACACAACAACCAGGAAAUUAUUCUGAAGAGAGCGGCAGACAUUGCAGAGGCUCUGUACAGUGUACCCCGCAACCACAACCAGCUGCCGGCCCUGGCUAACACCUCGGUCCACGCAGGAAUGAUGGGUGUGAACUCCUUCAGUGGGCAACUGGCCGUGAAUGUUUCUGAGGCAUCACAAGCCACCAAUCAGGGUUUCACUCGCAACUCCAGCAGCGUGUCGCCACAUGGGUACGUGCCGAGCACCACCCCCCAGCAGACCAACUAUAACUCCGUCACCACAAGCAUGAACGGAUACGGCACUGCCGCCAUGUCCAAUCUGGGUGGCUCCCCAACCUUCCUCAAUGGCUCAGCUGCCAACUCACCCUAUGCCAUUGUGCCAUCCAGCCCCACCAUGGCCUCCUCCACAAGCCUCCCCUCCAACUGCAGCAGCUCCUCUGGCAUCUUCUCCUUCUCACCAGCCAAUAUGGUCUCCGCUGUGAAACAGAAGAGUGCUUUUGCGCCAGUUGUCAGACCCCAGACUUCCCCACCUCCCACCUGCACCAGCACCAAUGGGAACAGCCUGCAAGCGAUAUCUGGCAUGAUUGUUCCUCCCAUGUGAAAGAAUUGCCUUGAAGAAUUUUAUUAAUGAAGAGGUUGGAUUCUGCUACAGAGAGUAAUCUGAUACAAGUCCCAGAGUGGAACUUUUAACUCAGGCCUUUUUAAGAGGAAUCACAAUAACUGCAGAUUUUUAAACAAACAAAAUCACCGACCUUGCAAAUACUGAAAUUGGAAGGGAUCUGCAAGUGCAGGGUGUUGGUUAAAGUUGUACCUCCCAAGUAUUAGGGAGAUAUAUUUAUUCUGUGUUGAUAAAAGCGAAUCCACAUUUUCUUUCUUUUUCUUUUGUUGUUUUCUUUUGUUUUUAAGCUUAAUCUUGAAAUCAUUGGUCUUUUAUAAACCAUAAAGCUCAAUACAAGGGACACUAUAAAUAAGACUCCAUGUUUUAAUUUAUGAUGUUUUUAAAGCUGUGUAAAGGGAGAAUGAAGUGAGAUAUUUACAAAAAAGU